AUGGUCUCUCUCUUCAAAACCAAAGAAGCCAUGUUUGAAAGGUGCCUUAUAGCAGCUUCUUUGGCAGCUUUGGUUUGCCACCCAAGUUCCACCAUAAAAUGCUUCAAACCCAAGCCAAGAUCCCCAGAAGAAGACAACCUCAAAGACUCAAAACGACACUACUCGUCUCCACCAAAAGACCAAAAACGACUUUUCAAGGAAGAGGAGGAAGAAGUAGUAGUACUGCCUUCAAAACCCCAGAAAAACCUCCAUACCUAUCAUGCAAGUAGUUCUUCUUCAGAACGUAAGAAGAAGAAGAAACCCAUCAAGGCGGUUUCGGAGCUGGUUGAGAAAGACCGCCCAUCAGUUGGGAUUGUGGAGAGUAUUGUGAGAUCAGGAUGGGUUAGUAGUGACGAAGGCCUCAAGAUUGAGAAGGUGUUGAGGGUGAAUCAUAGUAAAAAUGUGCUUCGAAGUUUCGAAGAGUACAGAGAAGACGUGAAAGCUACCUACAAAAAGGGUAGGAUUUUAAAGAAGAUAGAGAGGUUGGUGGUUGAUGGGAAUGAGCUUUUGCAAUUCCAUGGUGCCACAGUUGCUUGCUCUCUAGGCAUCAAUGGGGACACUAGAAUUUGUCAAAUGAAAUGCUGCCAAGUCUGCAGAAUGAUAGCUUCAAAGUUUUCGGGCAAUGAUGGGACAAUGUCAUUUUUCGGGACCAGCUGGAGGGCGCAUCAGAAGGUGAACGGGGAGUGCUUGAAGAAAAGGGAGUGCGCAAGGAAGGCUAUGGUGAUAUGUAGAGUGAUUGCAGGUCGAAUUGCUCAUUUUCAUGCACAUGGACUCAUGGAUAAUGAUGGUGGUGAGUUUGAUUCUGUGAUGGCAUGGACUGGGGAUCAGUUUAGCGAUUCAAGAGAGCUCUUGAUUUUGAAUUCGGAGGCUGUUCUUCCUUGCUUUGUGAUCAUAUACAAGGUCGAAAAACCUUCAUGA